AUGGCGUCGUCAUUCAGCGACGACGUCGAAGCGCUGCCGGAGGCUGGGGAGGAGGUCGAUCAGCAGGCAAAAGGAGCAUGCGCCGUGACGGAAGAGAACGAGGCGGCGCUGCAGGAGCAGCAUGAUGAUGACAAGGCGCCCGUGCCCGAUGAGCACAAGGAGACGAUGUCGUCGGCGCCAGAGCAAGCUACAGAGGCACCGGCGCCGGAGGAUCAACACGGGGACGAGAAGGGCCAGGUGGUGGUGGAGCCCAAGGCGGCGGCGGAUGAUCAGGAGAGCACGCGCGAGAGGCUGAAGCGGCACAGGCGGGAGAUGGCGGGGAGGGUGUGGGUCCCGGAGAUGUGGGGGCAGGAGAAGCUGCUCAAGGACUGGGUGGACUAUGCCGUCUUCGACCGCCCCUUGGUGGCGACGGGGCUGCUCACAGCGCGCCGAGCGCUCAUUGCCGAGUGCUGCACGCGCCGCCCGGACCGAGCGGCGGCGGCGUCGUCGUCCACCAGCUCCAACCCGCUCCGGGUGCGGAACGGCUGCUCCUGA